UCCACACAGCCCUGCUAACGCACCGUACUACGACAGUCACGGUCAUGUCUGAGGCAGCCCUGGCUCCAGCAGCAGCUCCUGCUAAAACGCCGAAGCGACGGUCUACGAAGACCAAAAGGGUUGGACCAUCGGUCUCUGAUCUGAUCCUAAAGGUCGUGUCUGCAAACAAAGAGCGCAAAGGCACCUCCCUGGCUGCUCUGAAGAAAGGCCUGGCCACUUCUGGCUACGACGUGGUCAAGAACAGCUUUCGUGUUAGACUGGCCGUCAGACGCUUGAUCGCCAAUGGUAGUCUAGUGCAGACCAAAGGCACAGGUGCAUCUGGAUCAUUCAAAAUAGGCCAGAAAGCAGCAAAGAAGAAGAAAGCUGUUAAGAAGGCAAAGAAGCCGAGGGCAAAGAAAGCCAAGAGGACACGGGCAAAGAAACCGGCAGCGGCCAAGAAGUCUCCAAAAAAGACCAAGAGAAAGACGAGGAGUCCCAAAAAGGCCAAAAGACCCGGGACCAAAAAGACCAAGAGCCCCAGAAAGACCACACGCAGAACCAGAGCUCCAGCUAAACAGCAGGGAGUGUGAGGGACCGGACAGUGACUAUCCUGGCACCUGAUGUUGGGUGACUCUGCUCGAUUCACACUUUGUGCAACCCAUGGUUAAACAUCUGGAUUUGCUCAUUUAUUAAACUACAAACUGGCGUUCUGCAUGUUCAAGGUUUAAUAAAGAAUUCAUUAUGAUUUGAAACUUA